CAAAAUUAGCAUAAUCAAACGAAACCCUAGCUUUUACAAUUGAUUGUAAUUCUGUUAAAAAAAUUGAUAAUUGUGAGCGGUAAUUGAGAGAUGGGAGGCGGAUUUCGAGUUCUCCAUCUGGUGAAGCCAUUCCUGUCAGUCUUGCCGGAAGUUCAGAAUGCGGAUCGGAAAAUUCCGUUCAGAGAAAAAGUGAUCUACACCGUGAUUUCUCUCUUCAUAUUUCUCGUGUGCAGUCAGCUGCCUCUGUAUGGGAUCCACUCGACGACUGGAGCCGAUCCAUUCUAUUGGAUGCGGGUUAUUCUCGCAUCGAAUCGGGGUACCGUUAUGGAACUUGGUAUUACCCCAAUUGUUACUUCUGGUUUGGUUAUUCAGCUUUUGGCUGGCUCCAAAAUUAUUGAGGUUGAUAAUAAUGUCCGCGAAGAUCGCGCCCUUCUCAAUGGAGCACAAAAGCUGCUGGGUAUAUUGAUUGCCAUUGGUGAGGCGGUUGCUUAUGUACUAUCUGGGAUGUACGGCAGUGUCGGCCAACUUGGUGCCGGGAAUGCUAUUCUUAUUAUCAUCCAACUAUGUUUUGCUGGAAUUAUUGUUAUUUGCCUGGAUGAGCUUCUCCAGAAAGGAUAUGGUCUUGGCUCUGGGAUUUCCCUUUUCAUAGCUACAAACAUAUGUGAAAAUAUUAUCUGGAAAGCAUUUAGCCCCACUACAAUCAACAGUGGUCGUGGAGCUGAAUUUGAAGGUGCUGUUAUUGCUCUGUUCCAUCUAUUAAUCACCAGAAGUGACAAAGUGCGUGCUCUUCGAGAGGCUUUCUAUCGGCAGAACCUUCCAAAUGUUACCAACUUACUUGCCACAGUCUUGAUCUUCCUCAUUGUAGUCUAUUUCCAAGGUUUCCGAGUGGUUUUGCCUGUUAGGGCUAAGAAUUCCCGGGGUCAACAAGGCUCCUACCCGAUUAAGCUUUUCUAUACUUCCAAUAUGCCUAUCAUAUUGCAGUCAGCACUUGUUUCCAAUCUCUAUUUCAUCUCACAGUUGCUGUACAGGAGAUACAGUGGAAACUUCAUUGUCAAUUUGCUGGGAAAAUGGAAGGAGUCCGAAUAUUCGGGUGGCCAAUAUAUUCCAGUUGGUGGUCUGGCUUACUAUGUCACACCUCCAUCAAGCUUGGCUGAUAUGGCUGCCAAUCCUUUCCAUGCUCUGUUUUACCUGGUGUUCAUGCUUUCAGCCUGCGCACUCUUCUCAAAAACAUGGAUUGAGGUUUCAGGAUCUUCUGCCAGAGAUGUGGCCAAGCAGCUCAAGGAACAACAAAUGGUGAUGCCAGGUCAUCGUGACUCGAAUCUACAGAAAGAACUGAACCGUUACAUACCGACAGCAGCUGCAUUUGGUGGAAUUUGCAUUGGUGCACUGACAGUACUAGCGGAUUUCAUGGGAGCAAUUGGCUCGGGAACAGGAAUACUGCUCGCUGUUACGAUCAUAUACCAAUAUUUUGAGACAUUUGAGAAGGAAAAAGCCAGUGAGCUCGGCUUCUUCGGCAUCUGAGUCUUGUAGCUUGUUUUAGGAAAACCUGUAGUGGUCCUUUUCGACUGCUAUGAAAGAAGACCUGAGGCAUCGCCUUGUUGGUAAGAUACCCGAUGGGUUCUUAUUUUUGUUUUUCCCCCUCAUAUGUAGACUUAAAUUAUUAGCAAGUACACUGAGGCAAGUUAAAUGACAAUUGUUGUUGUUACAAAUGUACUUUUCUUUCAGUUAAUAUUUUAGAAUUAUAAUAUAGAUACACUAUUGUCAUA